GGACAAAACCCCUUUGACCUGGAGUUUGACCAGUCCAACCACCUGGAGCCCGUCUUCAACUUCGAGUGCCCGCCCCGUCCCGACAUGCCUUCAAGUCAACCCAUUGAUAUCCCUGACGCCAAGAAAAGGAACAAGAAGAAGAAGCGCUGCAGAGCCACCGACAGCUUCUCUGGCAGGUUUGAAGAUGUUUACCAGCUGCAGGAGGAGGUGCUGGGAGAAGGGGCCCAUGCCAGAGUCCAGUCCUGCGUUAACCUCAUCACCAACAAGGAGUACGCGGUGAAGAUCAUAGAGAAGCGCCUGGGAUGUCCCUGCAGGAAUGUCCUGGAGCUGAUCGAGUUCUUUGAGGAGGAGGAGAGGUUUUACCUGGUGUUUGAGAAGAUGAGAGGAGGCUCCAUCCUGACCCACAUCCAUCGGAGACGUCACUUCAACGAGCUGGAGGCCAGCGUGGUGGUGCAGGAUAUCGCCAGCGCCCUGCACUUUUUGCACAACAAAGGUGAGCUGGGAUGCCGUGCCCUCCCCCGGGGGGGGGGGGAGGCCGCCUCCCCCCAUCCUUCUGCCCAGGGGUGGGGGGGACACACGACAGUGUCAGACCCCCCCCAGGGCGCACAGGGUCAGGCUCAGCUGCAUCAUGAGGCUUUUUGUGGUGCGAAGCCUGUUCCUCCGGUUCGGCCGGGGCUCGGGGCCAGCAGCAAUUUUUUGCCCUUUGCCACGACGCAGGCGGUGAUUUGGGGUGGGGAGGGAGGGGUCUUUGUGCCACCCCCAGGCCUUUCACCACGGAGGACUUACUGGGGGGGGGCUUUUUUUUUUUUAUUAAUGGGGCGGCAACCCCCAGAGAGGCAGGUUUGCGGCAUCCCCUGCGUGAUGGUGGGAAACCGGCCAGCAUCUUGCCCCAUCGCUCCCCCAUCCUUUUGGGGACCCCGUGCCGGGGCUCACCCCCGCCUCUCCCCACAGUGCGGCUCCGCUGAGUACAUGGCCCCGGAGGUGGUGGAAGCCUUCAACGAGGAGGCAUCCAUCUACGACAAGCGUUGCGACCUGUGGAGCCUGGGCGUCAUCCUGUACAUCAUGCUGAGCGGGUACCCCCCCUUCGUGGGUCACUGCGGCUCCGACUGCGGCUGGGACCGGGGCGAGGCGUGCCACACCUGCCAGAACAUGCUCUUUGAGAGCAUCCAGGAGGGGAAGUACGAGUUUCCCGACAAGGACUGGGCGCACAUCUCCUUCGGAGCCAAAGACCUCAUUUCCAAGCUGCUGGUGAGAGAUGCCAAGAAGCGGCUCAGUGCGGCCCAGGUCCUGGAGCACCCCUGGGUGCAGGGGUGCGCCCCGGAUAACACCCUGCCGACCCCCAUCAUCCUGCAGAGGAACAGCAGUGCCAAAGAGCUCACCUCCUUUGCUGCCGAGGCCAUCGCCGUCAACCGCCAGCUGACACGGCGCGAUGAGGACGAGGAGGAGGAGGCGGAGGAGGAAGCACGACCCAUCAUCAUCAAAGCUACCUCACGGGCCAUGCAGCUCUCCCCCCCCUCCGAGUCCAAGCUGGCCAAGCGGCGGCAGAAGAGCAGCCUGGCCAAGGCGGUGGCCCCCGGGCAGCACCUGGUGGCCCCGCUGGUCCUGGUGGCCGACCAAGCCUGAGCUGUGCCCCUCAGACCUGCUGUACCCCAUGUCCUUCUUCUCUUUCUUUCUUUCUUCCCCCCUCCAACCCCUCCACCCCCCAAAAACCCCACUGUUUCUGGCUAGUGACAAGAUCAGGACUCGUCCCUGUGGCUGGUUUCCAAGGUUUUGCUGAUCUUGUAGGUCUGGGGGUGGGAGGGUUUGUUUAAGAUUUU